UAUGUCUGUUCCAACUCAAGCCUGUACAUUUUCUGGUUUUAAAAUCUAUCCUGGCCAUGGGAGAACGAAUAUCCGCCGUGAUGGAAAAACGCUUCAUUUCAUCACCGCAAAGACAUUUGGAACUUACAAGCAGAAUUCCAAGCCACAUAACAUCCGUUGGACCGUGUUCUACCGUAGGAAGCACAAUAAGACAAAAAUCAAAUCUGAAAGUAGAAACAAGUCAAGAAAAACAACCAAAUUUACACGUCCAAUUUUGGGGAUGGGCCUCGCUGAGAUUUUAGCCAAAACACAGAAGAAAGCUCAAAUCAAAGAAGCCGCCAACGCUAAGGCUGCAAAGUACUAAUUUACUUCACUAUUUAGAAUUGCCACUGAACGUAAAAAACUUAGAGAAAGCACACGUCCGAAGGUUCAAGCUCAUCAGGUUAAGGCUCAAAAUAUGCCAAAGACUGCCAAGGCUCCAACUAAGAAAAAAUUUCAUUAAA